CCAAUUGACUAGUAAUGCUAGCCGGUUUUUCAGGGUUUCAUUCUCCUAUUUGACUGGGACUUGGAAUAUUAGGGCUAGAACAUCCACAUUGUUAGUGUAGGUCCUCUUACUAAAUGGAGAAGGUAAGCAAGCGCCUGCACUUCUCAGCACUACUUCUCUGCUUGAUCAAGGUCAUGUCGUCUGCAUGUAAACUCGUCCAUGCAACAGAUACUCUCCUUCCAGGCCAAUCUCUGAGUGGUAACCAGACCAUACUGUCAAAACAUGGUGCUUUCAAGUUGGGUUUCAAUUGCCUAUCCCCUCCAUGUUAUUUAGACUCUCCCUUUGGCAUAUGGUACAUUAACUCAUCAACUUGUAGCCCUCUUCUAGUUUGGGUGCCUGUUGGAGAUCUCCACGUGGUUAACCCUUGGUCCUGGUCAUUUAACCUCUCAGAAUCUGGAAACUUACACCUAACUGAUGGUGGUUUACCUAUUUGGUCAUCGAGUGGUAUGAAGAGUACAUAUAGUUCUGCACUUGCAAUACUUCUUGACAAUGGAAAUCUCAUUAUAAGAGAUCAAGUGAAUAGUUCCAUAGUGUUUUGGCAAAGCUUCGAUAACCCAAUUGGUACAGUGUUGCCUGGAGGGUGGCUGGGAUUUAGUAAGAUCACUGGACUGAAUACUUCCCUUGUUUCCCAUUCAAGUUUGGGUGGAUAUAUUCUGAAGAUAAAUGCAAGCCAAAGUAGAGGGUUUGUCGUCCAGAAUAAUUAUUCAGAGAGUUUCAGGUAUUCUGGCACUUUUCCAAGCUGGAUGGGCAUUCAAGAAGAUGGAGACUCUUAUCUCUCGUUCGAUAACACAGAUGUAUAUGUAAAGUUGGAUGCUGAGGGUACUGUUAGUGCUGCUAAACUAGGGGGCUGUGGCUCUGUGCUGUGGUCUGCUCCAGAUAGUCAGUGCGGCUUACAUUCAUGCUGUGGCCCAAACAGUAUUUGCUUAGUGAGUCGAUUUCACCGCCCUGAGUGCGAAUGCUACGAUGGUACCACUGCAGGCUGUUCGAUGGUACCGUCCUUAAAUUGUCAAUCUAGUGGUCCCGUUUCUUUCUAUCCGAUAUACGGAGUCUAUAAGUUUCCUGAGAAUCCAUGGUCAAUAGAACUCAUAGGCACCAGAAACUGUGAAGCUCUUUGUUUCAGUGACUGUUCCUGUACUUGUUAUGCUUUCAACGGAACAUGCUUACUGUGGUAUGGGGAGCUGAAGAACACGUUACUGCUUGAUUAUGGUUCAAAUUUUUAUCCUAUGAUUGAUCAAACAGAAAUUUUAUAUCCUAUGUAUGUUCGUUUGACCAACCAAGAAAAAUCGGGUUCCAAGAUUGAAAUCGUUCUAACAGUGGUAGGUGUGUUAGCGGCAGUGCUCAUCCUUACGUGUCUGGCUCUUUUGCUGGAAAGCCAAAAAAAGUUAUUCAUGGAUAGACCAGUGGAUUCCAAUAGCAGCCUCAGGAUAUUCUCCAAUGCGCAAUUAAAAAAGGUAACGGGCAGUUUCUCUGAAAAACUUGGAGAAGGAGGUUUCGGCUGUGUUUUCAAGGGGACACUUCCAGGGUCUUCUGUGGUGGCUGUCAAAAAGCUAGAAGACAUUAGACAAGGGGAGAAGCAAUUCCGAGCAGAAGUGCAGACCAUUGGAAUGAUACAGCAUAUUAAUCUUGUCCGUUUAUUUGGGUUCUGUGCUGAAGGAAGUAAAAGGUUGCUGGUAUACGAGUAUAUGGAGAAUGGAUCAUUGAAUUCUCAUCUGUUUUCGAAGAGUUCUGCAAAACUAGUCUGGGAGCUCCGGUACCGUAUAGCACUUGGAACUGCAAGAGGCUUGGCUUAUCUGCAUGAGGAAUGCAAGGAUUGCAUUAUACACUGUGACAUGAAGCCGGAUAAUGUACUUCUUGAUGCAGAGUUCUGUCCAAAGAUUGCAGACUUCGGUAUGGCAAAGCUCCUUGGUCGAGAUUUCAGCAGGGCACUGACAACAAUGCGAGGGACCAUCGGAUAUCUUGCGCCAGAGUGGAUCUCAGGGUUGCCGAUCACACAUAAGGCUGAUGUCUACAGCUAUGGAAUGAUGCUUCUUGAAAUCAUAUCAGGGCGAAGAAAUGCAGAGAAAAUUAAGGAAGGGAAGUUUACUUACUUUCCCAUCUUUGCUGCGGUCAAGGUGAAUGAAGGAGAUGUUAUGUGCCUGUUGGAUAGUAGUUUGGAGGGCGAUGGCGAUGUAGAGCAGCUUACCAGAGCUUGCAGGAUUGCAUGCUGGUGCAUUCAAGAUGCUGAGGAUCAGAGGCCGAUGAUGGGGCAAGUUGUUCACAUGCUAGAGGGUGUCAUGGAUGUCGAAGUACCUCUGAUUCCGAGGGCACUGCUUAGGUUUGUGGGCAUGGAGGAUUGCACUCGCUCAACAGACUUUUAUACUCUCUGAAAGACAAAGCUUUGAAUAAGUAUUCAGAGCUCAUUUCUCUUUUGUAUUAUCUAAAUAGCACUUCUCCCUUAUUUACCUUGGAUCUGAAUUGUAAUCUCCCUGUCCUUAAAGACUUGUGAUAUCUUACCUCUUUCUCCGCUGUCAGGACGGUUUGUCCAUGCAUAUUCUGAACAUACAGAACUGUAAAUCCUAUAUAUUGGUCUGAAACUGAGACAAAGAUACGAGGUGAAUGAA